AUGUCCCUCCAGAUCAACAAUGCAUCCAAGAUACGGGAGGACACCAUCAUCACCGUCGCCACCAAGUGUGCUGUCUCCUCCGGGCUAUAUCGAUGGCUCGUGGACAUUCUGGUAUGCACUCAUACAACUCCGAGUUUCAAAGAACAGAGAAUGGGAUGGCCAAAGCAGCUUCGGUGUGACAUCUCCGAGAGUGUCAUAGAAUUGGCGGACAAGAGCAUAUUCAAGAAGAAGCUGUCACUCAUAGCGGACCUUCCGAAAACCACCGCCCCAUCCACACCCCACCCGCUCAUCAUCAUAGCCGACCAACCCCCCUACGAACGCACCUUCUCCGUCAACCGCACCCUCUACACAACCCACUCCAAACUCCUGCGCCGAGCCACCUCCGAAGCGCCCAGCCCUGACCUCGCCAUCGCCCUCCCCGGCAUCCGCGCCCUCGACUUCGAAGCCUACGCAACGCACCACAGCCACUUUCGUCAAGACCUCGCCAUUUUGGCGGACAUGCAAUGGGAAGCGAUCAAGCCGAAAAACUGCAUCCUGACACCCGCGCAGAAGACGCAUGUAAGGGUGGCGACGUUGCUGGGGUACUGGAUCAUGGGGAAUGGACUGCAGGACACAGAGUUCAAGAAUGUCGUUAUGGACGCAUUGCUUCGCGAGGAUCUUGCGGGCGAUGGAGGAGCGGCGAUCGUGCAGAGCGCGGGGUGUAUUCUGAGUUAUGGACAGACGGGCGCGGAGUCGGGACUGUAUCGGUUGCUGCUGGAUGUUAUGGCGCCGAUGGUGACGGAGGAGUUUGUGGAUGAGUUUGCGAAGACGUGGUCGAGAGACUUUGUGGUGGAUUUGUUGAAGAGGGUGGUGGUGCGGAGGGGUGGGCAGGAUGUUGAGGUUUUGCCGACGCUGGCGGACAGGCAGAGGUAUUAUGAGGUGGAGGCGAAGGUGGCCGAGAGGCUCGUGGGGGCGACUGAAUGA